GGAUGACUCGAUUACAGCCACUACAAAAUGUAAUGUAGUCUUAUGGAAAGCUUCAAGUACUUUAUGCUUUCUUAUUCUACUUCGAUUCUAAACAUUACCAUACUUCCCUCCUUGACCUCUAUUUAUGAAAGGUGCCUCUCUCUUAAGAAUAAAUAAUAUAUUGCACCUGCGAAUAUCACAACUAAACUCACAAUGUCGUUCCUUUCGGAAUUAAAAAGCACAGCCUCGCGCCUCACAAACUCUUCCCAAAACAGCAACCCGAAAGAACAAACGAUCAAAGAACGGAAAGCGAAGAGUGGAAAUGGGAGAAGAGGUUACGACGUGGUCAAGACGAAUUAUACAUCUCUUCCGGUUGAUCUGCCGGAGGACUUUUUGCAACCGCUGGAGAACCCGGAGGAGAGCAUCACAGUGGAGAGGAUUGAGUUUGAGAAGACGGUGUUGGGGGAGUAUAGGGGUGCGUAUGCGGUGGUGCUGGAUGGGGUGUUGAGUAGAGAGGAGUGCAGGGAGCUGGUUAAGUUGGCGGAGAUGAGUAAGGGGGGGCAUGGGAAUUUGGUGGGUGGGGGAGAUGCUGAUGGAGAUGGGCAUGAGAAUAAGAACGAAAAUGAACUCAAAGGACCUGAAAAUAAUGGGUGGACUCCCGCAAUGGUAAAUGCAGGUGUGGGAUAUGAAUUUCUCUCUACGGAAUAUAGGAAUUCUGAUCGAAUUAUCUGGGAUGAAAAGGAAGUGGUAUCACGUCUUUGGAAGAGAGUUCUUCAAGGGAAGGGUAUCAAAGAAGAUAUAGGGGUGCUUGAGGGCAAGAAAUGGGAAGGGUUGGCUAGUUUGGGACUUAGGAGUGGUGAGAGAUGGGUGGGCACUGAACAGGGAAUUAAUGAGCGCAUGAGAUUUUUGAGAUAUGGUGCUGGACAGUAUUUCAGAGAACAUGUCGACGGCGCUUAUGGGAACCCAGAUGGCAGCGAACGUUCUUUCUUUACAAUUCAUCUUUACCUUAAUGAUUCAGCGCAAGAGCUCGAGAAAGAUCCUGAUACACCUAAAUUUCCAAAAGAUUCGGAGAUGCUCAGAGGAGGGGCUACGACAUUCCAUUCGAAGGAUAUGAAGGAGAGAUUAGAUGUCGAUCCGAAGGUGGGGAGGGUGCUAAUCUUUCAGCAUAGGAGAUUGUUGCACAGUGGAGAUGAUGUGGUGAGUGGGAUUAAGUAUACGAUGAGGAGUGAUUUGAUGUUUAGAUUUGAGGAUGGGUUGGAGGGAGAAGAUGGCGUGGUUUUCGGAUAGGUAUGUAAGUGAUGCCGGAGAGAUAUCCCCCGGGGAAUGGACUGGGAUGGUGAGUGAAAGGAUGUUGUUUGGAUCUUGAGCGAGUUUAUUCCGGUACCGAAUUAGGGAACAAAAUGACAACUAAAACUUAACAAGGGGCGCUCUUUCA